AACACCACCAAACAUAGAAUUUUGUCCUGAAAGCCUCGGAGCCAUGUUAGAACAUUGAUAUAUCGAACGUGGCCAAUUACCGCUGGUGUUUGCGGUUUCGUUUUCUCACGCUUAAUUAGCUUUUUCCUAGCUGCACAAUAAUAAUCCUUAACUAUGUCUGGUAUUCACGGUUUUCUGAGUUUCACAGAAAUAAUACAGUAUUUUGAUACAACAGUUACUAUAUGAAACGCAAGAAAAUGUGCAGUUAGUCUCCUGCGUUGCGUGACAUCCCAAAAACGGCUGCGAAGGAGACUAAUGUGCAGUAUGAACGAUUUGAAUGCAAAUUUCACAACUUUAAAAAUGAUAUCCAACGUUACGAAAUUCUGUGUUUGAAGUUUGUAGUUUAGCUGGAUCCUUCCCUGAAUGACUUUAUUGAGUCCGGGCCUGAGAUGUAUGAUAACACACGCAGGAUGUUCACUAUAUCCUCAAAUUUGGAGACAACUGAGAAUUCCCAAGUGGAUUGACUACAUAUUUACUACGGUAACUAGCACGAAAAAAUCUCGACUUUCGUGGGAGCCUGUGACUAUCUAGGACGCAGAUAUUAGAAAUGUACAGGGAAAAGUUCUAAGCGGUUAAUCAGAUGGCAGAGGCAUCUUCGAAGAUUCAAGUUUCUUUUUGCAGUGCGUUUCCUAAACGAAAAAUUUAUGCAGUCGACACAUGUCAAUUUAGUAUUUUCCGCAGUACGGGAAACUUUUUUUAUUGCUGCUUUUAUGCCUGAGGUACUUGUCUUUUCUUCACCUAGGAUAAUUAAGAAAAUAUGUAUCCAUCCAUAGACUUUUCAUGCAGUCCACGCCAUUCCUAACKUUUUGCGUUGGGAUCAGUUCCGGUCCCGGGAUCAUUUGCGGUACAAUUUGGGGAUCAUUUGCGGUACCGCCGGAGAUCAUUUUGCGGGCCGGGGUCAUUUGCGGGGCCGUACAGUAAACUUAGACAAAAUGGACGUUCUCCAAUUGGCAACUGUACUGCAUUUUACUGCCCGUCUUGGUUUCUCUAUUAGUUACUGUCAUUUACCCUAAGCUCCAAGGGUUUUUUCCGGGUUCUCCGAAUUCCAAUCGGACAAUAAUUGGGGACCCGCAUGAAAUAUAAAAAUAAACAUGUUGUAAUUUAUUCCUGAUUGCUGCAGUUUGGCUCAUUGAAAAUAUUGCAAACACAAGCUGCACAUGCUGGAUUCUAAAUAACUGAAUCGGAAUGGUAAUCAUUGAACAUCUCGUUCUGUUGAGUUUGAUACUCGUAAGCGUAGCAUUAAGUGUACUGAGUGAUAAAAUUCGGAGAAAAAGUAAAAAGAAUUACCUCAUUGCUGCCUUCUCGAGACAUACUUUCGGCCCUAAAUGCAGAUCAGUCUUACAUGUCUCGCGCUCCUUAAAAUUGUACGUUAAUUUUUUCGAAAUUUUGAAUUGUAUCACGUUUUACUUAUACGCCAUUGCUUGUUUUAAUUCAACCGAACUUGUAAAACGAAUUCACAACUGAAGAUGAUCGUUGAACGAUCGAAACAUGUCUUGUUUUAGGCUAAAAGUUGUUGUCCAUUUCUUAAAAAUAGAUCAGUCUUGAAUUUUAUCACGACACAGAAAUAUCCGUAACAACUUAUCCACUCCUGAUCAGAAAGUGGUUGUGUGCGGGGUCCGUCUGUUUUCGGACACUGAGGAGUUACGACUAAGAACAGACUGAACGGCUAGUGAGAAGAGGGACGGAGAGAAAAUUUGAUAGAAAUGUCGGGAUCCCUGAAAUAAAUGAAAAUGUGAGAGAAUUGUGGAAAAAAAAACAAAACAAGGACGUCAGAGUAAGAGGAAGACAUAAUAAAGUUAAGACAUAAAUUCUUAGCACGUACUGCCACUGAACUAUGUAGCCAAAACAUCAACCUAUCAGUCCUCUAGAGUUCGAUUUACAUUUUUCCUCUGAUGUCAUGAUCUCUCGAUUUCUAGUUCGUAAGCAAAGUUAGAUUAAGUAUUCCUCUCGACCCAUUUUAAAAGGGAAGAUGAUGUGACAGAUGGUUGCUAAUGUAAAUGAGUUUGAGCUUCGAUUGACAGUUUUCGAAUCUAAGAAAAGCACCGGUUGUUUUACUGCGGAAAAUUUUAGCGAAGGCAGAAGAGAGUAGCCUUAACUACACCGUUUGUUUUAUGUGAACCGUAUUCAUGCUCUCCUUUGCAUCACUUUCAGAGUAAACAAUAAAAAUUACACAGAACAGAACAUGACUGCUAACAAAAGAAUGGUAACGGAUAUGAAUUUCGGUUUAAUGAUAACACUUUGCUGAUCAGUGAAGAAAUAACUAACUGCUACAGGGGAUUUUCAAGAUUUCUGACGAAAAAAGCAUAAAUCAGCUAGACUGCCUGUAAAACCCUAUGUUCUCGGGUAAAAUUACGUUGGGUAACCUUGGGUAAAAAUAUCAGUGACGUCAACUAUUGUCAUUUUAAAAUGUGUUAACCAGAGAGCUAUUAGCUUACGAACAAAAUACGUCUGCGUUCGCAGGCUAGAUAACUAUUAGCUGGAGAAACAAGGAAUUUUUAGACAUUUAAAUAACAAUAACGAUGUUUCCAAACAGAUGUCUGCCCUAAAUGAGAAUAAUUGCAUUUAAUUUAUGCUUCCUAUGUUAUAAUUUCCACUCUCGAACUACGUUUAGAACGAUGUUAAUACAUCCGAAUUGAAAUACCAGGGUUACAUGCGUCCUCGCACUUUCGCAUGGUUGUAAACCUUAAUCCAGUGUCUUUAUAUAGCAUUCAAAGCUGGUCGACCUAAGGAAGAUUUUUAGGGGGAAAAAACAUUUCACACGAAGCAAUGUCCUCAGAAUUAGAACACAGAAACCUUGCUCUGAAUGUUCUCGAACCCGCAAUCCUAAUGUUAAUGGCAUCAACGUGUUUGGUUGGAAAUAGCUUAACUUGUAUCGCCGUUUACAGAAACUCAAGACUUCGCACAUCCACAAACCUCUAUCUGAUUGCCUUGGCUGCCAGUGAUAUACUCAACGCAUCCAUAGUGAUGUCGUUAGCCGUAGGCGUCCUCAUCACUGGACGAUGGCCAUACGGGGAAGCGCUAUGCAAUUUUCAUGCGUUCUUCACCCUGUUUUCCGUGUACGUUUCUCCAACCACAAUGGGACUGACCGCCUAUAACAGAUACGUUCGUAUUGUCAAGUCCGCACAAGACUACUCGCGCAUCUUUACACCAAUUCGGUCAAAAAUGUACGUGGCAGCUAUUUGGCUAACCGUCGCGGGAUACGUUUCCAUUCCCAAGUUGGCUGGUUGGACUGAAUACGGGUUCAUCCCUGGAUAUGCUGUCUGCACCAUUGUGCAUCCCACAGAAACCAUGAAGAUAACUCAUUAUAGCAUCGUCGUGUCUUUCUUCUUUCUCCUUCCCUUGGGAGUUGCAACAGUUUCCUACUACAAGGUGUUCAAGACGAUAAAACAGCACAACCAAAACAUGGCUUCAACAAGCCAAACUGAGGACCAGAACAGUCGAAUAACAGCAAGGGAGAUCAACAUUACCAAAUCACUCGCCAUUGUCGUUUUGGCGUUUGGACUGUGUUGGAUUCCAUUUUGGAUUAUUGCCGUCAUGCAGCGUUUCACGUCUGAUGCUGUUGUACCGCGCAAUGUCCAACUGCUUUGCACAUUUUUGCUGUUCUUUUCAAGCACUAUCAAUCCGUUCAUAUAUACUGGCAUGAAUCCAUCUUUCAAGGCUGAAUUUCGAGAAACUUUGUGCUGCAAGACUAGAUCAGAUGAUCUCGAGUUACAGCAAAUAUGAAAACUCCAGGACGACAAAGUUCGCGGAAAUUAUUAGCAACAAGUAUGAAACGCCUAGAAACUGAAAUAAGGGAUUGAAGAGUAAUUUAAUAGUCGAGAAUGGCUAAAAAAUACCUUUAAGUAACGUUGACUACUUAAUUUGUUUGAAGAAAAGU